GCCUUCAGCAUUGGAUGAGCGCCAUCUACGAUAGCGUAGGGUAACUAUAGCAGCAUUCUUUCAGCGGUGAUUCGAGAUCAGUCAAAAUGUCAUACAGAGAUCUGAGAAAUUUUACUGAGAUGAUGAGGGCGUUGGGUUAUCCUCGCCUCAUAUCCAUGGAGAACUUCCGUACCCCAAACUUUGCUCUCGUAGCUGAGGUGCUCAUAUGGCUCGUCAAGAGGUAUGAUCCUAAUGCUGACAUUCCUACUGACACAGACUCAGAACAAGACAGAGUUAUUUUCAUCAAAUCAGCUGCACAGUUUAUGGCAACCAAGGCACAUAUCAAACUGAAUACAAAGAAGUUAUACCAGGCCGAUGGGUAUGCAGUCAAAGAGCUCCUGAAGGUCACGUCAGUGCUUUACAAUGCAAUGAGGACAAAGGUCGGAGGUCAAGAUGCUGAUGAUGAUGAUGGGGCGUCGGCAAUGUCGUUUGACAUAUCAUCAAAGAUCCAAGAUUUGAAAGCCUCCAGACAACUAGCAUCAGAGAUCACAUCUAAAGGGGCUAGUUUAUAUGAUUUACUAGGCAAAGAAGUUGAACUUAGAGAAAUUCGUACGAUGGCCAUCAAUAAACCUUUAGAGAUCAAUGAGAUUGAGAAAGGUUUGCGGAACAGCAUCAAGGCUGUGGAGCAAAAUGUGAAGAAAACGCAGAAGAUGCUGGAGAAUGUGGCAUCAGAUGAGGCUAACCUUGAAGCUAAGAUUGAUAAAAAGAAAUCGGAGAUGGAAAGGAACCAGAAACGUCUCCAGACGUUACAGUCGGUCCGACCAGCAUUCAUGGAUGAAUACGAGAAGCUUGAGGGUGAUCUUCAAAAGCAGUAUGAGAUUUUCAUUGAGAGAUACAGAAAUCUAACCUACUUAGAACAGCAGCUUGAAGAAUACAGCAGAGCAGAACAGGAUAGGUUUGAGGAGACAGAGAACACCUUAAAACAGAUGCAGAACAGAUUACGACAAGAGGAUGACAGGAUAAAGAUGUCAGAUGAGAUCCUUGGCGAUGAGGACAUGAACGGUUUGGAUGUCGUGGAGGAUGCCGAGGAGAGCGAGAGCGAGGAUGAUGAUGAUGAGGAUGACGAUGAAGAGGAGUCGGGUCCAUCGCAAAGACCAAAAGGAAAGUUCAGACAAGCCCCACAGCAGAAGAAUCCUAGGGUAUUUGGUAACAUGGGAGCCGGUCUGAGUGAUGAUGACAGUGGAUCCUCCGGCGAUGAUGGUGACAGCAUCAGUGUGGACGAUGAUGAUCUCCUCGAUGAUCAGGAUGGCGACAGCGAUGACCUGAAGGUUGACGGACCUCCAGGGAAACAACAAGAUGAAGAUAGCGAUGAUGACUUCUAGGUAUUCUUCUCAAAUCACUAAUUGACUUGAAGACAAUCCUCUCAGAUCACCUGAACAUGAAUCUUUUUGAGCUCUGAUUCUUGAUAUUCUGAAAGAGUGCUUGAAGACUGUUCGCAUAGUUGUGAUACGACACUUCUUCAAACGUGGAUGUUUUUGUGCACUCAGCCUUAUGGCUCACAAUAGCUGUGGAGGGCCUAUUUCCUGAAGGUGUUGGCUUCGUUUCAUGAUAACAAACUGGAUUAUGGAAUGCCAAGAUGUCAUGUGCCGGGAAGAUAGGAUUGAUUAUUUUUUUCCAGCAUAGUCUUUGCUAAACAGAUCAGUUAAUCUGCUCACUCACCAUGUGGCUUGAUACUUAUCGAUGUCCAAGCACCUCAGCAAUCGGAAAAUUCCAUGCUUGUAGUUUUGACCUCCCACAAGUUUUGAGUAUAUAGUAUGUUUAACAUAACAUUGCCUCUAUUUCCUACACUUGGGCUGAACAAACACAUCCUCUGUGGGUUGUGAAACCUUGUAUCUUAAAUCUUGAAAGUUUUGAGGACAGCUCAGGAUGUGCUGCAUAUUUUAAAUUAUAGCAAUGAUGGCAAUCUCCUAUUGUCUGAAAACAGUCUCCUUAUUCCUGAAGAGAACACUUUCUAGGCAAAAUGAUGUUGCUACUCUAAGGUGUCGUAACUAGAAGACCUUUUCCGAGCAGUCCCUAAUAUACUAAAUGUUAAGACUUGACCGACCUUUCUCUUGACUACAAUCAAGUAAUUUUCUAAUGACUCAGUUGACCUUACAAUUCUUUUAGAAAUAUUUUCUCGAAGAAUUUCUUGAAAAUUGCUUUUACUUUUGUCCCAGAUUGCGUUGUCUCACUAAAUUAAUAAUGUUAUAAAGAAUAUCUAUGUAGUGUUAGAUAUUCUUCUGUUUCCCAUGUGUGUGUAUUCAUCAGCCUAUCAGCUUAUGGUAUAUGUAAAUAUUAGAUUUGAUAAAUAUAACAGAGUA